UCUACAGAACAUGUAGCUUGGCGUUGGCAACGACGUGAGGCCGAUCCAGGAGCACUGAAGUCAGUUGGGCUUGGCCGGAGCGAUGUGCGGACUAUAACGCAGUCACAAAACUUUAUAACCAAAUAUAAAUGCAGCUGAAUAAAUAUCUCUAGCUGCGCUUCUGCUGCGGACGUUUCUAAAGGUUCAGUAUGGCCGGCUGUGGAGAAGUGGACUGUAAAGUGAAUGCACUGGCUCCUACAAAGCUGAUAGAGGAAGUAGGAGAUACUCUUACUCCAGACCCCUCCAGUUCCACCAGCCCCCCGGAGUGUGCCAUCUGCCUGCAGAGCUACAUCCUCCCCGUAUGUCUCCCAUGCCGCCACGUCUUCUGUUUCCUGUGUGUGAAAGGUGCCUCCUGGCAGAACAAGCGUUGUGCACUCUGCCGACAAGAAAUCCCAGAGGACUUCCUGGAGCGCCCAGUUCUCCUCUCACCUGAAGAACUGAAAGCAGCAGCUGCAGGCUUUGCAUGGUACUAUGAGGGGCGCAGCGGCUGGUGGCAGUUUGAUGAGAGGACCAGCCGUGAGCUGGAGGAGGCUUUGUCCAAGGGCAGGAAGAGCACAGAGAUGCUGAUUGCUGGGAUUCUUUAUGUAGCUGACCUGGAGAACAUGGUGCAGUAUCGCCGGAAUGAGCACGGCCGCAGGCGCAAGAUAAAGCGUGACGUUGUAGAUAUUCCCAAGAAGGGAGUCGCUGGACUGAAGUUAGACCCCGAAUCUGCCUCCAUUCCUGCCUCCAUUCCUGCUUCACCAGUUAUCACCCCAGCUGCACCUGAACGCGUGAGCUCGGCUGAUGGAUCGGACACUGCAGACCCAUCACAGUCUUCAUCCCUUGGGAUUAUGACAUCUCUUCCCCCUGUUAGACCUCCAACACUCCUGGGGCACCAACUUGUCAGUCCCCUUUCUCCCUCACCCUCACCAUCACCUUCAACCCUGGACGAGUCUUUGUCCCAGCUCCUAAUCAGCCAGCCAGAAGGUGACGAGGUGGAAGGAGACAAUGAGCUACAGACGUACGAGUAUGCGUCCGGCAGCAGUGAGAGUGAGGAGGAAAUGGAGUGCGAGGGAGUGACACAGGAGUCGGUGCCACGGAGGAGACAUAGGCCGCUAAGAGAGAGCCAGCCAGCCAGAAUGCCUCCAAGGGGCGGGCCCUCCAGCUCUGCACUCAGUCUCCGCUCCCGUAGUCCUGAUGGGCAGUGCACUGUGACAGAAGUGUGACUGCGACAGUGGAAUCUGUUCUUCAGAAGAACUUUCAUCAGUUCAGCAAAAAAAAGUAUAAAAACCAGUAUGCAUCUUUAAAGGUCCAUAGAAAUGAAAAAUACCUUUUUAAAAAUACCCUGUGUUGUUACUUAAGUGUAUCCCACCAGCCCCAUCGAUCAUGUGCCAAGUAUGAGCCAUCUAAUUGAACAUGAUCUACAAUUGUAACUAGCAUUAGCAGCAAUGACGUGGGUCACAGCUGUCUGCUUGGAUGUUAGUUUGCAAAAACAUCUCACCGGCUAACAUCUAACUACUUACACUUGGGAUAAACUCAUGUUGACCUCUGUUGUCUUCCACCCAGUAUUGUUUUCAUUCAGAAAUGCCUAAGACCAACAAACAAUGUACUACAUUAAAGCCAUUUCAAUGGACCUUUAACACGUGAACUGAAGCCUUUUGUUGAAGACUUUAAAAGGUAGUUUGGUAGUUAUGCAAUACAUAGGUUAUACAGUGAAGGAUAAGAAGUCUGUCAACUUCUUUGUAACGGUUGUCCAAAAACUACCAUCUCGCACUGCCUUUACACCAGUCUGUGACAUAGCAAUACAACCUCUUUGAAAUGAAACCACAUCCUCUUUGUUCUCUAAUCUUUUGACGUCAUGGUUAACAUGGCUGAUAUUAGUUUGAUUGAUGGUGUAAAAAUCAACUUAAAUGCAGCACCUUAUGUUCCAAUUAUGGAGAGUUAAAAUGGCCAUUUCCUGCUUUGCUGAUGAGGUUUUUUUUUUUUUUUUUGAGGUUAAGAUUAAUCAGGACCUAAUUAAUAACAAUUUAAACUGGAGUUUGUGUGUAUGUGUGUGUGUUAAAGCGUUUGAGGGGGAGCAAGAAUGUAUUCCCUCUAUUUUUAUUGUUAAAGUCUUGUUUUAAUAAUGGUGUGUGUUUGUGGGUGGUGUUGGGUGCUGAAGAGCUACUGGCAGGACCACUGGAAAGUAUUGGGCUAUAUAUGAAGAGACACAUUUGGAUUUCUAUUUCUUGUCAUGGUACUCUCAAUAGGACCACUAUCAGAGCAGUGGCAUUGACAUGUACUUGAACUUUAUCUCCACUCACACGCUCUGUUUUUCUCCUUUUUUCCUCCAGCUGCUAUUAUUUUAACAGUCAACUUUUCACUCUUUGUGUCUGUCUGAAUUACGUAAACAAACGUCUGUCUGUGUUGUGCAGCCCUCUGUGGUGUCUUGUCAAAUUAUUAAAGGUGUUUAUCAUUUAAAA